CCCAGUUCCACCAUGAACUUCCUGCUGCGCUUCGUGGUCUUCUGCCUGGACCCUCUGGGCCUGGGCCGCCGCUUCCUCAUCCGCCCGGCCCUCAAUCUCGGCUGGAACGUGUACGAUCGUGUCCGCAGCAAGGCCGACGAGAAGGUGGGCACCGUGCGGGAGCUGGUCCUCCGGCUGGGACUCAUCGCCUUCGCCGUCGUCCUCAUCAUCUGGCUGGCGGUCUUCAUGUACGCCGCCUUCUACUACGUCUACAUGCCGGCCAUAUCGCACACACGACCCGUCCACAUGCAAUUCAAAACCUGCCUGGAGACCAGCACGCCCUGCACCUUCCCGCACGCCCACGUCUCGCUGACGAAGAAGCAACAGCUGCUGAUGGUGGGCCAGGCCUACAAGGUGAUCGUGAACAUCGACAUGCCGGAGUCGCCGCAGAACCUGGAGCUGGGCAUGUUCAUGGUGUGCGCCGAGAUGCGGGACUACGACUCGAUGCUCCGGGGCCACUCCUGCCGCUCGGCCAUGAUGCGCUACCGGUCGCCCCUGAUCCGCAUGAUCUCCACGUGGGCGCUGAGUCCGCUGUACGUGCUCGGCUGGAAGGAGGAGUUCCAGCAGGUGCCCGUGGAGAUAUUCUCGCGCUACCUGGAGGAGCGGCAGCAUCCCAUCACGGAUGUCUACGUGGAGAUCCAGUCGCAGAAGAUCCAGUUCUACACGGUGACCCUCCACAUAGUGGCCGAUUUUACCGGUCUGCGGUACAUCAUGUUCAACUGGCCCGUGCUGUCGGCCAUAGUGGCCAUUAGCACCAAUCUAUUCUUUAUACUGGUCGUCUUUCUGCUCAGCUGGUACCACUGGUCCGACGCCAAGUGGCUGCACAGCGUGCAAAUCAAGUACGCCCGGCUCACGAAGUCGCUGGAGCCCGGCGUAGUCCGCGCCUCCUCCAAGGCGAGCAGCCUGCGGGAUGACGACGAUGACUUGCUCGCCUACGGUGACAAGUCCGACAUUGCGGACGUGGGCGGAGACACACUGAGCGACGUGGAUGCGGAGGCGGAUGAUCUGGUGCUGGUCAAGAAGUCGGCCAGUGGCAAGACGGACUCCCAGGAUGCGCUGCGAAAGCGUCACGGGAAGAAGACCACCGCGGAUCACUGAAAGAGGAACAGACCGGACCACCCACCCAAGACCAACCCAACCCACCGCCCAUGCUACGCUUGAGCCAAAGACUAAAUAGAUUUUAGGACUAAGUUAGUGAGCACAGCUGCACUGCCGACUGGAGUAUUCAGGCAGCCCCAUUAGUUCAAUUAAGUGGUGGAUAUUUUGAUUAGAUAUGAUAUGUCGAUAGAAUCGAACACUUUAUAAAGCAGUUUCUUGAGCAGCUAAAUUUGAGAUGAUAUUCUAGGUCAUCCUAGGCCUUUUCCUUCCACAGGAACCAUUUAAUAUAUUUAAAUUAAGAAUAACUAUUCCAUAGGAGUACUACUUUUUCUAGUACGCUUUAUUUGAUUUUAAUUUAAAGAGCACAAAUAUUAAAACUCUGUUAACAUUUUCCAUCUUUUAAGCAUCAGCCUCA